AUGACGGCGACGUCCGUCACGGUGCCUGCGGCGGCGCGCGGGAUGAUAUGCUUCAAUGUGGGGCACUCGAGCGCGUUCUACGCGGGGCUCGGCGGGGUCGGGGCGGGCGUGAGGCUGUUCGCGCUUUCGACAAGGCAGAAGGACAUUGCCGAGCGGUACGUGACGAGGGCUGCGUUGGGGAAGGAGGAUAGGACACGGCUGGAGGAAGAGUGCAUGGUGGCGGCAAGUUGCACGAUUGAGCAUACCGAGGAUGUGCAGGACCAUCACAUUGUUUUGACGAAGAUUGACGGCGUCAAGGUGCCGGAGAAGGACGAGGAGGGGUUGAUGCCUUUGGUUUGGCAACACGGAAAGUUGAUCACGGAAAGUUGAUCACGUAGCGGUAGGCGCCGGGUGCUGAGAGUCGGCCCUUGUGCGCUACAGUAUUAAAUUAUAUAAACGCUUUUUUAAUU